AUGGCCGCCCCCACCAGCAGCAACGCCGCCAGCAGCAGCACCGCCGCCAGCGCAAACGCGACUGGCGGCGCCGCCGGCGCCCCCUCCGGCCCGGCACCUCAGCAGCAGCAGCAGCCUGCGGCGCCCCCGCCGCCGCCGUCGUCCCCGGGCCCCCACGGCGCCGCGGCGGCGGCGGCGCGCGCCCCCGAGGCGUCCGCGGGCGCGUUCCUGCGGCCCGUCUACGUAUUCGUCUUCUCCAUCCUCUUCCUAGGGGGCCUCCUGUUUGCCAGCAUGUCCCUGCAGCUGACCGCGGACGUCGGCUUUUUCGAGGCCCUCGGCCGCAUCACGCGCCGCGUGCUGCGCUCCAUCGCCUUCCGCCAGCUGGUGGUGAUCUCGGUUGCGAUCUUCCUCGUGAGGUUCGCGCUGAACAACGUGCUGCGGGUACUGGCUGCGUGGAGCAGCAGCCCGGUGCCGUGGGACAAGUCCAAGGUCUAUUAUGUGAUGAAAGAGGUCUACUCUCCCCUGGAGAUGCUGCUGUUUGUGGCGGGCUGCUGCACCAUCGCCGACUCCUUCCUGCCGCAGCUGAUCGGCGUGCCCAAAUCCACCGUGAACGCGGUGGUGCGGGCGGCGCUGAGCAUGAGCUUCGUGCUGGGGGCGGCCAACGUGGUGUUCAACCUGAAGAGCCGCUUCUGCAAGGAGCAGGCGUGGCAGUGCGAGAUGCAGGGCAACAUCACCAGCCAGCGGCGGUGGGAGGCCUACGACAAGCUGGGGACGUUCGCCAUCUACGUGUUCACCAUAUUCCUCAGCAUACAGGCCCUGGGGCUGGAGGUGCGCAGCGUGCUGGCAAUCGGAGGCAUUGGUGGCCUGGCCAUCGGCCUGGCUGGCAGGGAGAUCUAUGCCUUUUGA